AUGGAUGGUGGAGGAGUUCAAGGAAGUGUAAUGUUCUUCGACCUUCAUGCUGACCAACACACAAAAGAAGGAGAAUACAUCACAGUUCGCUACUACAAAGUGUCGGAUGUCGGCAUUCGCAAUACGGAUUUCUCACCAUGUGGUCGCUUCGUCGUUGCGGUUAUUGAGGACAGCUGCAUCGUUCGUAUGGAUCGGGAGAUGACUACAUUUUCAACGUCAAGCCAGACAACCAAUCAUUUCCAAUUCCAACAAUGCUAUGGAGAAAGGGAAAUCGGAUGGUAUCAUCAAGGAAUUCAGAAGUUUUGUGGAAUAAAAAAACGGAAGAAGUCCAAAAAACCAACAGACAUUCCGAUCUUCCAGAAAAGGCUCUGGACCCCCUUGAUGAGCGUUUAUUAUGUUAGAGAACAACUGGAAAUUCAACAAUCCAAGAAGAUUUUGUAA